GCGCCUUCCACGCCAUUGUCUCUCGCAGUUUCCUUUCAUUUCCUUUCUUCGCGCACGUCGUUCCUAUUUGAAGAAAAUCCGUCAAGAUGGGUCGUAUGCACUCGCACGGAAAGGGUAUAUCCCAGUCGGCACUUCCCUACCGACGAAGCGUACCAACUUGGUUGAAGUUGACGCCGGAGGAUUGCAAAGAACUUAUUUACAAGCUAGCAAAAAAAGGACAUACACCGUCUCAAAUUGGUGUCAUCCUUCGUGACUCGCAUGGAGUGGCACAAGUGCGAUUCCGCACAGGAAACAAGAUUCUGCGCAUCGUGAAGAGUAUGGGCCUGGCCCCCGAUCUACCAGAAGAUUUGUACUACUUGAUCAAAAAGGCCGUUGCCGUGCGCAAGCAUCUGGAGCGAAAUCGCAAAGAUAAGGACAGCAAAUUCCGUUUGAUUCUCGUCGAGUCGAGAAUUCACAGGUUGGCACGUUACUAUAAAGCAAAGGGAUCUCUGCCGCCUAAUUGGAAAUAUGAGAGUUCAACAGCCAGUGCUCUCGUAGCCUGAUUUUGUUUAUUGUAUUUACAUAUUAUGCUUUAAUAAACUCCGGAGACACUAA